UUUCCAAAUUCUCUUGUGACAGUUAAGAUGAGGUCGUGUGCAUUGUUUUUACUUCUACAAAAUGGCCUUCAAGCUAAGAGGAAAAAUGAACUGUUUGCUGAUUGAUCUGAUGAUAUUUUACAUUCUCUCUUUAGUGGCUACAUUGGAUUUGGAAGUCAGCCCAACAGUGUUGGAUGCCACAAUUGGUGAAGAAGUCCUACUAAGUUGCUUAUUUUCUCACACCACUAAACUUGACCUGAGCUACAUUGUGAUCGAGUGGAACCAGAGAACAGGAGAUAAUGAGAAGGCUAUUUGCCUGUUUGAGUUUGGAGAAUAUGAAAUCUAUAGACCUGGAUCAAGUCUCUCUUUAAGCGAAAUAAGCAAAGGAAAUGCAUCUUUACUCCUAAAAAAUGUUACUAUUAGUGACAUUGGAUCAUACUCCUGUACAGUUACAAUAUUUUCUGAUAAAAAAGUGGGGAGAGUUACUUUGUCGAUUUCAGCACCUCCUGCAGUCUGGGUAAACACUGUAAAUAUUACAAUUGAACCUGGUGAAGAUAAAGCAAUUAUUUGUGAGAUGCAGAACUUUUACCCAAAGAACCACUCUGUCACUUGGUUGAAAAGUGGCUCAAAAGGCAAUGGAAACCAGGUGGAUGUCACAUCCCAAGCAGUUUCCGGAACACCUCAGCAAAAUCAGGAUGGGACAUUCAAUCUGAUUUCAUUCCUAAUCAUCAAAGGAAACCAGUCAGAUGAUGGAUCUUUUUAUAUCUGCCAAGUGGAUCAUGAAGCUUUAAAAUCACCAGUGCAAAAAGCCAUUAGUUUGACCGUAAAGGGACCCAAAUUAACUAGCAGAUCAAGAGUAUUACUCACAAUUGUUUUGACAUUUCUGAUCACAGCAAUGUCAACUGUCUGUUUUGGAACUUGCCUUUUCUACAAUAAAGGGAUAGUUACUGCCAGGGUGACAAAUAUUGUUAAAUCAAACCACUGGAACACCAACGCUCCACUUUCUCUUGCCUGUGCAGUUUACUGGUUCGGAACAAAACCAAUCGUUGUGUCUUGGUACAGGGAGGAGGUGGGUAAAUUCCAAAGAGUCCUCGUUGGUAAAUGGGACAACACUUCACACUGUGCAAAAAGGAAGUCAAAAGGGUAUUUUCAGAAUGAGCAAGAAGAUAAAGCAAUGUUGUUCCACAAAGGAGAAUAUGAUAUUGCUGUGACUUGGAACAGCCACGAAAGUAGUGGAAUGUACAGUUUAAUAUCUCAGCUCACCUUCAGAUGUGCAAGAGCUGCGGAAGGAAAGCAGGAGUACUAUUUUUCUGUCCAGCAUGGCUCACUGAAGCAAAACAUUUUAAGAUCCGUUAUUGUAGAAAUAGAAGGUGUUGAUGACGAUAUUGAAUAUUUUCCAACACAAAUGAAGUGCAAAGACUGGGCACUGCAGGCUAUUGAAGAAGGGCGCCGCACUAUAGUUAAUUACAUCAGUCCAAACAUCCAUCCGCUCCUAAAUAUUUUAACAGAGAAGAAAAUAAUCUCUGAGAAUGAUCAGAGUGAUAUAAAAGCUAAGCUAGACGUCGAUAAAGGCCGGACUCUUCUGGACAUAGUGAGCCACAGAGGGCAGCGGGCUUGUGUUCAAUUUUUCAAUGUCGUACAGAAUACUGAUGAUCUUUAUCCUGGCAUCAGAAAGUACCUAACAUCACUUUUGGAAUCCUACACUGAGAAAGAUGACAGACCUGUUUUUGAUCUCCUCUGUGAAGGCAGACCAACGAGUUUAUUUCAGGUCAACAACGAAAAAUCCGAAAUAAUCAAUAUUCCUGAAGAAAUCCUUAAAGCAACUGAUAAUCACAAGAGCAUAUUGAGAGCUCAGAUGGAGAGAAUAAAACCAUACUUUGCAUUUGAUAACUCUAGUCCAUUGCUGCAGGAGCAUUUUACCAGCCUGGUCAUUCUCAAUGUCCAAGAAAGGAACAAAACUGAACAUGAGCUGCUCCAGCACAGAGACUAUACAGCCUGCGAGUAUACAGAUUUGCAGGAGCUUCUUUCCCCAUCUGCACCAGGGAAGCCACCACCACGAAUCACACUCGUGCAGGGAGUGGCAGGUAUAGGAAAAAGCAUUAUGAUGCAGAAGCUCGCCUACAGUUGGGCAUGUGGAACAGGUUACACUAGAUUUUAUAUGUUGCUGUAUUUCAGUUUCCGAGAGUUAAACACAAUCACUGAGAAAAUCAGUCUGACCGAGCUUAUUAUACGUAGUUAUCCUCAUUUGACUGUAUUAUGCAAAAAACUCCUGCAAUUUCCAGCUGGAAUUCUAUUUUUGCUUGAUGGAUUGGAUGAAUUCAAAUGGCCUCUUGAUUUUAAUGUUCAUUCAGUUGAUAACCCGUCCGUUUCUGAACACAUUAACCACUUGAUUGUAAGCUUCAUCAAGGGAGAUCUCCUGCGUGACUCAACUGUUCUUAUCACAUCCCGCCCAACCUCAAUUGAUUUAGACCACAAAACCUAUUUUAAUCGGUGUGCUGAAAUUUUAGGGUUUUCCAGGAAUGAAAUUGCAAAAUACUUUGAGAAGUGCCUCAAGAAUAAAACAUUUGCUGAUCAUGUCUUCCAGACUGUGAAGAACAUUGACUCCUUGUAUGGGCUCUGUUACGUCCCUGCGUUUUGUGACAUUUUGUGCUUCUAUCUCCGUAAAUCAUUUCACUCUAAAGGCAAAUGGUCCAAUCUGUCUUCAUUUCCAAAAACGAUCACAGAUUUAUUCCUUCGUUUCACCAAGUGUUUACUUGUCUGUACCGGUGGUGAGGAAGAAGACCCUGAGUCCUUCUGCAUAGAAGCUGAUGAAGACAAGAAUGAAAUUAUUAACUUGGCACAACUUGCAUGGGAUGGAGUCAUCAAUAAAACAAUAAUAUUUUCAUCUAAAGACGUUGAAAAAAACAUCUCUCAAAAGGCCAAAGUAAUAAAAUCCUUCUGGAAAAAAAUCCUCACUAAAGAGAGCCUACAAAUGAUGCAUUCUCAUAUUUGGCAGUUUUUCCAUCUGACUCAUCAAGAGUUUUUUGCAGCACUCUAUUGUAUUUCUGGUGUGGAUCAUGUGCACAAGGCCUUCAGCUCAAAGGGCAGCACUUUUGAGAUUGUGCUGAGGUUCACUGCUGGCUUGGUCUCUCGCAGCAACAGAAAACUUGUCCAACAGUUGGUGCCUGAACACCAGGUCAAAGAAAGAGAAGUCUUUGCAGCUAUUGAAAAUGCUGCUGCUGUUGACAUUCCAAAAGAAGACAAGCUAACUCCUGAAAAUAUCAAAAAAUAUACAGCACACAAAAGACAAAAACUAACAGCCUCUCAUUGUCUGUAUGAAGCAGCAAAUGAAGAUCUAACAAAAUCAGUUGCUUCCCAAACAAGUGACUGUGUGAAUUUUUCUUACAUCACUUUGAAUGUGACUGACUGCACUGUGAUUGCAAACCUCCUUUCCCAUCACACAACUAUUGAAACACUCGAACUGGAUGGGUGCAAAGCUGGAGCUGCUGGUUUCCAAAGACUGAAGUCUAUUUUUUCCAGAAUCAAAACACUGAGUUUAGAGGGAAACAUGCUAGAAGAUGAAGGAGCAGAGAUUAUUGCUGAUGCUCUCAAAAAUGAAACGUGUAGAAUAGAAACCUUAAGGUUGAAGCACAACUCCAUAGGGGAGAAAGGAGCAACACAAAUUGCAGAGGCUUUGAAAACAAACAGCAGCCUGAAGGUAUUGGGGUUGAGAGCAAAUGUUGUCAAAGCCAAAGGUGCUCAGUUCAUAGCCGAGGCCCUGGAAGUCAACACCACACUGAGAGUUUUGGGCUUGCAGUGUAACAAGAUUGGAGAUGAAGGUGCAAAGUACAUGGCCCAAGCAGUUGAAAGAAAUCGCAGCUUGGUUGAAUUACGACUUGGAGAUAAUGAAAUCACUGACAAGGGGAGUGGUUACUUUAGAAGUGCUUUAGAAGUAAAUGAUGCACUUGAAGAAUUGUGGAUUUUGGUGAAUAACAUAUCAAGUGCUGGAAAGGAAAGAUUGAAAAAUGCCUGGCGUAAAAAUCCAAAUCUUCGAUUGAAUUAAUUUUAUUUUAAAAAUGCAUAGCAAUACCUAUUGUGCAAAUCUAGCACUUGGUUCUGCUGAAAGGUGCAAAGAACAGCCCAUGAAGCAUUUGUGUGCUUUUAUCGAAAUCUCCAGAAGCAAGCUUGCUUGUUCAGACUGACCUGUUUCCCUUGAACAGUACUCCCUUCAACAGCUUGAUUUCUGGACUCCUGUAGUUUAUGUGUAAGAUAAAAACUUAUUUAAGAGAUUUUUAUUAUAUUAUCACAUGACAAAGGUGAUAUAAAAGUAUAAUUCGGUGAGAAAGACAUACCUUAAUGUAUUCACAGCUCUUCACUCCAAGUUCUUGUCUGAGUGAAUCUGUUGGGUUUUUCACAGAAGAACGGCAAAAGUUCUGUUUUAUUACACUUUUCUCCUUUAUGUGAUAGUCAACAAUGAUAAUGUAAAUUUAUUAAUGUUAUUUAUUGCUAUAACUGCUAAGCAAAUAUACUCAGUGGCUACAUUAUAAAGUACACCUGUAGACCUGCUCAUUAUUGCAAAUAUCUAAUAAGCUGGCAGCAACUCAAAGCAGAAAAACGUACAGACGUAGUCAAGAGGUUCAGUUGUUUUUCAGAUCAAACAUCAGAAUGGGAAAGAAAUGUGAUCUAAGCGACUGUCACCGUGAAAUGAUUGUUGGUGCCAGACGGGUGGUUUGAGUAUCUCAGAAACUGCUGAUCUCCUGGGACUUCCACACACAACACUCUCUAGAGUUUACAAAGAAUGACGUGUAAAUCAAAAAACAUUCAGUGAGCGGCUGUUCUGUGGGUGAAAAUACUUCGUUAAUGAGAGAGGUCAGAGGAGAAUGGCCAGACUAGUUCAGGCUGACAGUAAGGUGACAGUAACUCAAAUACUCAUGUGUUACAACAGUGGUGUGCAAAAGAGUAUCUCUGAGUAUACAACAUGUCAAACCUGGAAGCGGAUGGGCGACUGCAACAGAAGACCAUGACUGGGAUGUAGCCACUGAGUAUACAACAAGUCAAAAGUUUCAUCAGUAUUGUUCAUCCAAGAAGAUUUCCACGCAGUUAUCAAUAUCUAUUUUAAACCAGAUAUUAUACUGCCAAAAUUAAUAUACUGUAGUACAUUGAGGACUUCUAGUGUUGUUGAAACUGCCAGGGAGUUCUGCCGUGACAAUCUCAUGCUGAAAGGACUGUAAGGACCUUUUGCUUUUCAACUGUAUUACUGAAUUACAGAAAUUGUGCCAAACAUGUACCUUCAUCAAAGGAAUAAAUUAAUUUUUUUAACAUGUGUUAGAAAAUGCACUUUACUAGAUGAAUAGCUGAUCCAAAUCCUUUGGGAAAAUCUAUAAUCUCAACCCCAUCCUUUGAAGAAUAUACAAUUGAAGAGUAAAUCACUCUUUUUUACAGUUAUUAUGUUCCAAGGAAUUGUGGUUAGUUAAAAUAAUCCAGCAUAGGAUUUGUGUCAUAAAAAUAUUGGAAAUAGAAGCAGAAAUAGAACAUUUUGUCCCCUGAGACUGUUCUGCAUUCAAUCAGCUGUUCAUUUACUUCAGGGCCUCUUUCCUGUAACAACUCCAUAAUCAUAAAGAGUCUUCAAGAAGAACAGCACAGGAACAGGCCUUUAGCCCAUUUAGUACUUGCCAAAACCACAUAUACUGCCUGCUUCCAUCGAUCUGCACCGGGAGCGUAGCACUCCAUUCCCCUACCAUCCAUGACCUAUCCAAACUUCUCAUAAAUGUUGAAAUCAAGCUUGCAUGCACCACAUGUGCUGGCAGCAAAUUCCACAUUCUCACAACCCUCUGAAUGAAGUUGUUUUCCCUCAUGUUCCCCUUCCACUUUACACCUUUCACCCUUAACCCAUGACCUCUGGUUGUAGUUCCACCCACCUAAGUGGAAAAAGCCUGCUUGCAUUUACCCUACCUAUGACCCUCUAUCAAAUCUCCUCUUGAACUUCUACUUUCUAAGGAAUAUAGUCCCUAACCUAUUCAAUCUUUCCUUAUGACUCAGGUCCUACAGGUUCAAUAAUCAGGGGAUUGAGAUCAAGAAAUGCAAGAUGAUCUUGCAGCUCUAUAAAACUCUAGUUAGGCCACACAUGGAGUAUUCUGUUCAGUUCCGGUCAUCUUGUUAUAGGAAGAAUGUGGAAGAUUUAGAGGGCACAGAGGAGAUUUACCAGGAUGAUGCCGGGAUUAGAAAGAAUGUCUUAUGAGGCUAGACUGAAUAGACAGUGAGCUAAAGCAUAUACCUUUGGCCAGACGGAGGAUGAAAAGAGACUUGAUAGAGAUGAACAAGAUGAUAAGAGGCAUAGAUUGAGUAGACAACCCAAGACUUUUUCCCAGGGUUGAAAUGGCUAAUAUGAGGCGGUGGAGGUGGGGGAUGGUUUGGGAGGAGAUGUUUGGAUGAAAGUAUAGGGGGUAUGUCAGAGGUCGGGUUUUUCUUACACAGUGUGUGAUUAGUGCAUGGAACAUGCUGCCAGGAGUGGUGGUAGAGAUAGAUACAUUAGGGAUAUUUAAGAGACUCUUAGAUAGCAACUUGGAUGAAAGAAUAAUGAUGUGGGAGGGAAGUGCUUGAUCGACGUUGGAGUGGGGGUUAAGGGUCAGCACAACCGAAGGGCCCUUACCACGCUGUACUGGUCUAUGUUCUCAUGUUGGUAAGCUCCCAAGACAAAUUUAACAACCUACAAUCUUUAUUCAUUUUAAUGAAGAAUUAAUUGUUGUGUUUAUAGAUCUUAAUGAGCAUUUUAUAUUAAAAAUCGGCAACUGAUACAAUUAAAGGUAAUUAUUCAAAAGUAUACUCGUGCUACAGAAUUUCGCCUGAAAGAAUCUACUCAUCAAGCAACCGCACUCACCGUUUCUCACUUUGGGGUGAGACAGGCAGAAUCCACACCCAAAAUUGUCCCGAUCGUUCUCACUGCAACCAUCAUUUGAUCCACCUGGCACUUUAAAAAAAAAUGUCCUCAGUAAACGAAAGGGGUAUUUUGUACUUACUUGCUGCGUAUGCAGUAGUCUAUGAAACCUAAGUAAAGCGUAGAUUAUAUAUGUACAGAUGAAUAAACAAUGAAAUUGGCCUUGAACGGAUAUCAGAAAUUAACAGUGACCAGUCAGGACUUCCCUUCAGAAGGUACACGAACACCACUUUGGCAGCUGAACCUCACAACUGUAUUGCAUGCUAGUCCUGAGGAAUGCUUGGGAGAUUUCCUUCAAUAGCGUAUUCUUACUCUGCUUACCUGAAUCUUCCCCUUCAUUGAAAUUUAACAGAUGGUCUGUAACAAUAAUCAAUGUGUGCUUCAAACCUGAGCUUAGAGAUCCAAGUACUGUCACACUAAGCUUAAAUGCAUGAUGUUGCAAGGCCCAGGCUAAUGUUAGAACAAUAUUGGAAAGUAAUCUUCUAUUUAUUAGAAAUUUUAGAAACAAUGCCAUAUUUGUUUAAAGUUGUCCUGUAAUAAACAAACAUGAAUAACAUGAAUUAUCAACCUCUUCAACCAUGGCUAGACAAAUACUGCAAAACAUUCCCUCUCCUUACUACUACAAUCAGGCAGGAGGUACAGAAAUCUUUUAUGUCCCACACCACCAGGUUCAGGAACAGUUAUUACCCUACAACUGUCAGGCUCCCGAACUGUUAAAGGUAAUUUCAUUCACUACAACUCGGAAGGAUCUACAGACUCACUUUCAAGGACUCUUUACAAAUCAGGUUCUCAAGUGUUAUUUUGUUUGCAUAGUUUGUCUUCUUUAGCACACUGGUGUUUGUUAGGCUUUGUCUGUUUAUGUAUAUUUUUGUAAAAUUCUGUGUAGUCCAUUAGCCAGGACCCCAAAUUUGGGCCACCGAUACCAUCUGGGGGGAGUAAUUCUUAUAGUGAUUUUUGGCAAGGUAUCACCCCUAGUGCUAGAAAAUAUGUGAUAGCAUUGCAGCAGUGGUCGCUUUCAUAGUAAACUCCAUGCUAUAAGAACCAUGAUCCCAGGUGCUUUGCCUAUGAUAAGAUGAAUUAUGCCAGGUACCUGUCCCCUUACUUUGCUCAGAUGAUGAACCUCCCGGAGAAGAAUCCUCCUCUGUCUGAGGCCUUCAAGACAGGCCAAUUCUCAGUGCAGCUGUCAAGUAACAACCCCUUUGGGCAGAUCCCUGUGGACCAGGCCAUUGAAGCCACAGUGAACAAAGACACACGGACUCCUGGAGGCACAUCACAGUUCAGCCUGAAUGCUGGAGCUAUCAAGCAUUACGGCAUAACAGCUGAGCACCGCAGUGCAUUCCUGGGACAGUUAAGGGAGAUGGUGCAAGGCAACAAAUCAGAGCUUUGUCAUGCGGAGCUACAGCGGCCAAGAAUCCAGAAAGAUGAGGAAACAGUUUCAGCAGCGGUUAGCCUCAUACAUGAAUGGGUCAACCCAUUUGCAGAGAAGUGGGACCUCACUAGCAUCUCUAGGGCAAAGGCAGCCCCCAAGGACAUUGCCUCCAACCUGAUGAAGGCAUAUGAGAUUGGUGAUCAAUGCUACGCAACCUUCAGGGAUGAGAGACUAGAGGAAGACCCACCAGCAAAGAAAUUCCAUGACCCAAUGAAAACCAACAAGCUGAAAACAUUCAGUAAUAUGUGUAAGAAGAGAGAAGAGGUAUUUCUUUUUUU